CCCGCUUUUCACAUUAGGUCAAAGCUGACUCCCCAGCGGCCUCGACCUAUCAACCGCCACCACCGACAUCACUGCCACCGACACCACCACCACCCCCACCCGCACAGAUACGUGCAUGAGCGAUUUCCACUGACGAGUCGUUGAUCGCGAGACUCGUGCCUCCCAGUCCUUGCUAUGCCUCUUCUGCAAACGGCGACUCUAUGCUGUGCGCAUAGCCGGCGAUAGAGGUCGCGAAACCCACGAGGAAGCCGCGCUCCACCCCAAGAGUGCGGGCUAGGUUUUCCGGGCUGCAGGCACGAUGUCUGCCCGAAGCAGCAUCAGUGUGCGUAGUGCAGACUUGAUGGAGUGGCAGGAAGAUCGGAAGAUCACCAUUCUCCCUGGCCGGCGCGCUUUGCCUUUUGAUCCUACUGGAAAGCUUUUUUACGAGGGAAGCUCUGGCAUAGGGUCGGUGUCGGAGGCCGAUUCUGGGGAGGAUAUUACAUCUGGUUCGGUGUUCACGGCUGAAGACGACGACGACGACGAUGAUGAUGCGCAGGGCCUGUCGCGCAGUCUCAUCCUGGCACCAGGCAGCGCAUAUGCUGCCGCACAUCGGCUAUCUCUCGCGAUCGAUCCGUCCGCCACGGAGCAAAUCCAGAUGCUCAGUGACUUCCUCGACCUGCACUUUUCCGUACCCAAGGCGAAAGCCAGCCUGCUCGAUCGUCAGUCCCACUUGCUAGCCCUUCCGGACAUUGACACUUCCUCCAAUCAAAUGCUUUCCGAUGCCCUACGCGCAAUAUGUCUCGGCCAUAUCGGCGAGCAUCAUCACGACGAUCGACUCGUCCAGCAAUCGCAAAUAUACUACGGCAACGUCCUGCGUGGCCUCGCGCAACUCGUCCCCCGACAGGACACCAAAAUCCCCCCCGCUGACAUUGUCACAUGCAUCUUGCUGCUCUGUGUGUACGCCGACUACACACCCAUGCCACAUCUUCAAUCCAACGCAUGGAAGGUCCACUACUGGGGCGCGCAUGAGUUCUUGAAAGCCAAAGGUCCUUCGAUCCUCUCCGUGUGCUCGCCUUGGGAUGUCGCGGUUUACAGAAAUAUCAAAGUGCCCACCUUCUUCAUCGGCAUUGCGAACAGACGAGCCAUCAUUUGGACGGAGCCAGAGUGGUUGGACUUCUCUGACACGUCUAUUCAAGUCAUGCGUACAAAAGUCAAUCGCUCACGAAGCAUGUUUGACCGCGUCGUGAAGCGCUUGCCCCAACUCCUGGAGCACUCCGAUGUCCUCCUCAGCAAGAAAGGUCAACAAAGCGCCGACACUGCCGAACGCCUCCUACACGACCUUCUAAGCUACUUAUCGACUCUGCAACAACUGCUCCAGAGCGACUCGGCCUUUGCAGAGUUCAAGAGCUGGAAAGACAGCGUGGAGACAUCCCAGCCCGGCCAAUUCAACGACGAGGUCGAAGAGCACGUGGUGCUGGUCACCAACCACACCUUCCAACGCUUCCAUCGCUUCCCGACCCCGAUGAGCUGCACGGGAUUCACCCUGUCGCUAUUGGAGUACUGGCUCUUCGGGCUCAUCGUAGAGUGCACCAUCCUCCGCAUCCUGCACUUCCUCCCCUCCGCAGAAGCACACCUUCAUCCCGCCACGGGCGCACAGAUAUUGCGCCACGCGCAGGACUCAGCAGAUCACCUCUGCAAAUCCGUCUACUCUCUCAGCCAAGUUCCGUCGCAGGGCAUGGCCGGCUUCCUCGACACGUGCAUGGCGCUGGUGGAGAAUUUCUACAGCGAGAUCGGCGCCAGCGCCGAGCUGGGAUGGGUGCUGGCCAUUCGGUGUGCCACGGCGCUGCGCGUGGAGCGGAUGCGGAAGUCGCAGCCGCGAACGCUGUGUAGGAUGGGCGAUCUUGCUGAUGAGAUUGGGGCGUCGGGCAGGUUUCGUAUGAGAGACCUGGGGCCUGGCGGCUGAAGGCGUCGUCUUGUUUGGAGAACAUCUCAAGGCUUCCGCAAUCCUUGCAGACCGCGCAUCGCUCACUCGCUACGGAGCCUUACACACGAAAAGGGUGCACUCCACGGAGUCUUGUCACCUGUUACAGUGCAAAGGGCGUCUGUUAAUGACGCCGACGAUGCUGGGCCACAUAUGACCCAGGUCAAUCCUCUUCGUGGUAGGGCAAGUCGGUUCUCGAAUGCGAAGGACUUGCUGGAGCACUCCUGUGAUGCCUCGAGCGAGACGGAAUUGGAACGAGAGCAGGUAGUUGAUAGCCGUACGAGCGUAUGUCUCGAGUGCAUUUGAGAAACCACUCACUUGAAGAUCAGAGAUCGUAAUACGUCCAGUUCACAUGCACUCCAUGCAAGGCUGUGGAGCUCCCAUGAUGAAAAGUUCAGCCCGUGCUCCAAUCUACGCGCCCCAUAAAAAUCUCACGACCGCCAACCUCAAAUCUUUCCCUCCGCAACA